AUGCAGUCCUUCAUCGACUCUUACGCGGAGAUUGGCGAACGCGCCGAGCUCCUGCACAGUCACGCCAUUCGGUGGCAGGCGGCGCUGGAGGACGCGGUCUCGCCAUGCAUGGAUGCUGCAAGUCAGACGGCGCCUCUCGAGCGGAGAAAUGCCUGCUGCCAGUGUGGCGACGGCUCGGCGGUGGGCGGAUUGCCGUCGGCGGUCGCAGCCGAAGCCGCGGCGACAGCUGCAGCAGGGCGCGCGGCGGCGGCGGCACGAUCUGAAGCUGCUGCGCUGCGGCUGCAGGGCGCUGCCCUGCGUCGCGCCGCGAGCGAGGCGCGUGCUGCCCUGGCGGCCGAUCGGGCGGCGGCGACGCUGCAGACAGCGGCGCGCAGAGAGCGCCUCAACCUCACGAAGCGGGAGGCUGCGGCCGCCAGGGCGGCGGAGGAGCGGGAAGCCGCCGCCGCGAGGACGGCGGAGGAGCGACUAGCAGCGGCGGAGGAGCGGGUGGCUGCUGCGGCACUGGCGGCAGAGGAGAGGGAGGCUGCAGUCGCCAGGCUGGCGGCGGAGGAGCGGGAAGCCGCCGCCACCGCAGGCGUCCGCUGCGAGACGCUCGAGGCGGCGCUUCUGAUGAGCGUGGUGCGGUCGCGGCGGGAGCGCGCUGCGUGCAGGCUGCAGGCCGCUGUCCGCGCGUGCCGCGCGAACUGGGCCGUGCUCGGUUUGGCCGAGGCGGCACGCGCUGCGGCGGAGUCUUCGGCUACAGCGCAAGAGUCUGCAGCGUGCCUCGUGUCCGCCGCGGUGGGCCGGUCCGCCGCAGCGGAGACGGUGGCGGCGAGCGCCCUGGCACAAGCCUCGGGCGCCGAGGCGGCUGCUGAGGCGGCUGAGCAGCGACUGGCGGCGGCGGAGGAGCGGAUUGCUGCGGCGGUGGCGGCGGCAGCGGAGAAGGAGGCUGCAGUCGCUAGGGCGGCGGAGGAGCGGGAAGCCGCCGCGGCGAGGACGGCGGAGGAGCGACUAGCGGCGGUGGAGGAGCAGGCUGCUGCGGCGGUGGCGGCGGCGGAGGAGAGGGAGGCUGCAGUCGCUAGGGCGGCGGAGGAGCGGGAAGCCGCCGCGGCGAGGACGGCGGAGGAGCGACUAGCGGCGGUGGAGGAGCAGGCUGCUGCGGCGGUGGCGGCGGCGGAGGAGAGGGAGGCUGCAGUCGCUAGGGCGGCGGAGGAGCGGGCUGCUGCUGCGGCGGCAGCGAGCUGCCGGGAGGGGGAGCAAGCAGAGGUGGCGUUGGCGGCGGCGCGGGCCGAGGCGGAAGCAGCUGCGGCGCGAGAGGCGGAGCGAGUGGCCGCGGCGGUGGCCGCUGCGGAGCAGGCCACGCUGGGGGCGCGGAAGCGCGCGGCGGCGGCAGAAGCCGAGCUGGCCGAGGCUCGCGCGGGGUCGCAUUGCGCUCGAGUCGAGGCGUCCGCGUUGCGGCUGGCACUCGGGCGUGUGACGCGCGCGGCGGCGGCGCUCAGGCUGCAGGGCGCGUGGCGGCGAGUCGCGAGGCGGCGGCCGUCGGUGGUGGCCGUGGCGUGCGAGGCGUCAAUCGAGGACGGGCCUGGACAAGCCCAGGCUGGCUCCACGACCGCGGCGGCGGCGGCCGCCGCGGCGAGCCCCGGCGAGGUGCGGCGAGCCCUCGACUGCGUCCGCCUCGCAGAGGAGGGGAUAGAGCCGGCGCACGCGCCGCUUGCAGCAUGCGCCGCCGCGGCCGUCUGCGCCGCGAGCGACCAGGGCGUCGGGGGGUGUCCGCUUCGAGAGGCGCUGCCUCAGAGCGAGCCUGCGCCGCUGGAGCCCGAGUGGCUGACGCAGGCGUCGGACGAGCUGCGCGCCUCGCCGGUGCUUUCCUCAGGCACGGGCGAGGCUGCGGCGGCGCUGGGCGCGGUAGCGGAGGCGAGGGGGCGAGACGCACUCACGGCGCUCGCGUCCGAGGUGGUGGCGGUGCGCGAGGAGGCAGAGGCGGAGGUCGCAUCUGUUGAGGCGGUGCUUCACGGGGUGAGGCACGCGGUGGCGCGCUCGCUGCGGAGCGUCAACGCCGCCGCGGGGCGGCCCUCACGCGCCAGCUGGAGCGGCGCGGCGCGCGGUGUCGACGCGGCGCGCGACGAUGUUGCAGCGAUGACGGCCGCGUGCGAGGAGUGGGCGGCCGUCCUCUGCCAGCGGCCGACGACCGCCGAUGUUGGCGCCGAGCCAAGCGGGCCCGUUCGGUCGGAGCCGGCGCGGGGUAUCGGCCUCGCCGUGAAGGGGGCCGAGGCCGGCGCUGGCGCGCAGGCAGCCGGCACGACCGACGAGGUGCUCUGGGGCCACCUGUUCGAGCGCGCCAGGGCGUUGCAGCACGCAAUGCGCACGCUCUCGGCAGAGGUGGAUGCGCUUUGCGAGGAACGGGGCACGUGA